CUUUAGGCUAGGUGUGGGCAUGUGUUUCAUGAUAACUGGUCUGAGAUUUUCCUCUCCACCAUCUGGAAAUUUUGGAAGGGUAGGAAUAAAUUCAUUUUUAAAGGGCAGAGGAUCCCUCUUAAUGUUGUUCAUGAUCAGGUUUCUGCCCUAGCACUGGACAUGCAUAUUGCCCUUGUUGUGUGUGAGCUCAUGACCUUCUCCUUAUUCACCUCACUGGGUGCAUUGGUCAGCACCAGCCUUGCCUUACCUGGAGUUAAACACGAAGGGCUCUUUGGAUCACUACCUGGGGAGGGCUUGCGCAGGAGGUGUCAUUCAGGAUCACCUGGUAGAUGGCUCCAUGGCUUUGCAGAGCAUAUGGGCACCGCUAUCAGUUUCUUGGGCAUGCUCUCCGUGGGGGCAAUUCUGCAGCAGAUUUCAGGGCAUCUCUAGGACAUGACUUACCCUUGGGUUCAUCUUUUUACCCAGAACCACCGUCGGGCGUUUGCACCAUAUUGCAAAGGGAUCUUUUGGGAGUAGCAUUCCUUUGAAUUUAAGGCUGUUUUAAGCUUGCAAUGUUCCAAAAUAAUAAUAAUAACAACAAUAAUAAUAAUAAUAAUAAUGAUGUUGUGCUUUU